AUGAAAGUCCAGAACUAUGACACCCUCGAAGAAUGUUUUGCCAUGGCGCGAAUAUGUGAAGAGCGCCUAGAGGAGAAGCGAGCCCUAAAAAGGACUCGCAAAUUUGACAAGCAGAAGAAGAAACCGGCGUUCUCUUCUAGCUCACGGCCCAGGGGUAAUGAAUCAACUCCCUACGCACCUCGACGGGAGUUCAGGGCCGAUACCAGAUCUGGUAGGAACCCCCCUACCCGCUAUCUCACACCGAAGCAAAUUGAAGAAUAUAGACGAAAAGGCUUAUGCUAUCGUUGUGAGGCCAAAUGGGAUAAGAACCAUCAAUGCAAAUCCUUCUUCCAUGUAAUGGUGGUCAGCGAUCCCGAAUACAGCAGCAGCUCGGAUAGUGACUCAUCCUCGAGUUCACCUUCCAGCUCUAGCUCCUCUUCUGAGCAAGAGGAGAGGACAAGGAGAAAGGCCAAGAGGCCGGAAAAGGCAGAAACGAAGACAGAAGAGACUCCAAAAGCCGAAGGCAAACCCGAAGAGGGUGAGUCUCUUCACACCAUGCAAGACCCCCACAAGCCCAACGCCAUGCGAGUAUUUGGGCGUAUCAACGGGCAAAAAGUUUUGAUUUUGCUUGAUUGUGGAGCAACGAAUAACUUCCUAACCGAGGAAGCGGCUCAAAGGUGCAAUGUUGCCUUGCAACCAAGUAAACCUCAAACGAUUGUCGUGGGAGGGGGCCACCGGCUGAAGUGCAUGCACGAGGUUAAGGACAUGGAGGUUACCAUCAAGAAACGUACCUUCAAAGUUGACUCGUUGGUCAUACCCUUGGAUGGAGUCGACUUAGUCCUAGGCAUGUCUUGGUUCUUAUCGUGGAAAGAUAUCCACUGGGACGUCAAGAAUUUCUCGAUGACGUUCAUUCCAGAGCUUGAUGGGGAGCCCAUCACGUUGCAAGGACUAGCCAGCACGACAAGUCCUAAGGCCGCCCUGCGUUGCCUCGACCAGGAGCAGCCCGCUUGCUGGGUCCUUACGCUAGCUACAGAUGUUCCAGGAUCGGACGAGACCAUUGACGAACCGAUCCCACCCUCGAUUCAGAAUGUGUUGAAUAAGUUUCCCGAGAUAUUUGCGGAACCUAAAGGCCUACCUCCUCAAAGGGCCUAUGACCACCGCAUCGUACUCACGCAAGGAGCGGAGCCUGUAAACGUCAGGCCUUAUCGGUAUGGGUAUAGUCAGAAGGCGGAAAUUGAACGCCUCGUAAAAGAGAUGCUCCAUGAUGGUAUCAUCCGUCCGAGCUGUAGUCCGUUCUCUUCCCCAGUCCUUUUGGUGAAGAAGAAAGACAACACAUGGAGAUUUUGCAUAGACUACAGAGCAUUGAACGAGGUAACCGUCAAGGAUCGGCACCCCAUACCGGUCAUAGAUGAGUUGUUAGAUGAGCUCACCGGCGCCACAAUCUUUUCAAAGAUAGACCUUCGUGCCGGCUAUCAUCAAAUAAGAAUGCAAGACAAAGAUAUAUCAAAGACUGCUUUCCGUACUCACGAUGGGCAUUACGAAUUCUUAGUAAUGCCGUUUGGGUUAACAAACGCACCAGCCACCUUUCAGAGGUGCAUGAACGACGUAUUUCGGGAGCACCUACGCAGUUUUAUUUUGGUCUUCUUUGACGACAUUCUCAUCUACAGUCAAGUGAGGAAAAGCAUCGGGAACACCUGA